ACGAAGCAGAACCAGAUUCAGAGUCUACAUAUUCACUGACACAGCACCGCUUUGAAGAACCUUAAUGUUGAAGAAAGUAGAUUAAUAAUUAGAUUUUCUCUAGUUUUAAAUUAAAGCUAGACAGUCAAACAACACAGGACUUUCUCCCAGGAGACCGGGGUUUGUGUCCAAUUCUUGUCCCGCGUGUCACUUUAACGUAGCCUACAUUUUGUAACCACACCCACGGUCUUUUCCUAGGAGUCUCGGUGGAUUCUCUGCAGCUCAGUCCUACCCCUUUCCCUCCUCCUCCUCUUCUUCAUCCUCCAAAAAACGAGCCUGCAGCUACAUGACUGUGGGACUCCUGUGAUUGGGUGCAGGGGGAAGCGCAUACCACAGCAGAUCUGAAGGGAGAAACUCACGAGCCAUCCCAGCAUGAUGGGAAGAACCAGUUUGGUCUUCAGCCUCAUCGUAGCAGCAUUGCUCUCUGGCAUCGCUGCUCAGAGAACAGAUUGUGAAAACGCCACCGUGGCCGACAUCGUCUUCCUAGUUGAUGGCUCCUCCAGCAUCAGCCCUGGAAACUUUCAGGAGGUCCGGUCUUUUCUCCGCAACUUCAUCAGAGCCCUCGACAUCGGCCCCAACAAAGUUCACAUCGGCUUGGCUCAGUACAGUGAUGAACCUCAAAAGGAGUUCCUGCUGAAGGAUCACUCUGACAAGAAGUCUCUGCUGGCUGCCGUGGAAAGAAUUCAACUCGUAGGAGGAGGCACUGAAACAGGAAAAGCCAUCGACUUCCUCCAGAAGCAGUACUUCACCAAAGAGGGGGGAAGCCGAGUUGUGGAGGUGCCUCAGAUCGCUAUAGUUAUCACAGAUGGGGACUCCACUGAUGAGGUGAAGGAACCCGCCCAGAAGCUUAGGCAGGACGGAGUCAUUGUGUUUGGCAUCGGGGUGGGAGAAGCCAACCGGAAGCAGCUUGAGUCCAUCGCCAACUGGCCUCCAGAUCGCUUCCUUCACUCAUUAGAUAGCUAUCAGGCUCUGCAGGAGCAGAUGCAAAUGCUGCUGGAAACGGUUUGUCUCUCUGUGGUAGCUCAAAAGGAAGCUUUGGCAGAAAAGUUUGCAGAUAUUUUCUUCCUGGUGGACAGCGGCAUAGAUCAAGGACAGUUUGUGUCUUUUAAGAACGACCUUGUGGAAUUGAUCAAUCAAAUUAAUGCCGGAGCGUCCACCUACCGUGUCGGUGUGGCACAGUAUGGUCAAGAUACCCAGGAUGAAUUCCUUCUCAAUGCUCAUCAAACUAGACAGCAACUCAUGACUGCUGUCAGAGGUUUCCACCUUCACCCACAACCCAACCAACCACAUUACCUGGGUAGGGCUCUGCAGAACGCCAACACUCGCUUUUUUACCAGUGAGGCGGGGGGUCGUGCACACCUAGGCGCCCGACAGUUCCUGGUCGUUGUGAGUGGAAGAGACUCAGAUGAUCCUGUGUCUAAGGAAGCUCAAAAGAUCAAAUCAGCAGGGGUUACUGUUGUUGGGAUGAGGGCAGGUGCAAGUGUGGAUGCCUUACAACGUUUUGUCACUUCUGGGUACGCAUUUGAUUCUCCCAGAGUACUUAUUUUGAAGGAUUCCAUCGUGACUGAGAAAAAGGACGACAUUACUGAAGAUUGCAAAGGAGCCAAUAUUGCAGACAUUGUGUUCAUCGUUGAUGAGUCGGCAAGCAUUGGACAAGAAAACUUUCAGCUGGUGCGCACUUUCCUGCACUCGAUUGUGAGCAGCCUGGAUGUAAGACCGAAUAAAGUCAGAGUGGGCAUCGUUACGUACAACGAGGAGUCCACAGCUCAGGUCUACCUCGACACGUUCAAUAACAGGGAGGAAAUCCUCCAGUUCAUCAAGAUCCUGCCUUACAGUGGAGGUGGAACGAACACUGGAGCUGCCCUAACCUUCACUCUGAACAAUACCUUUAUUGAGGAAAAGGGCAGCAGGAAAAGUAAGGGUGUCCAGCAGGUGGCGGUGGUGAUCACCGACGGUAAAUCCCAGGACAGCGUGCAUGAAGCAGCAAUCCGUCUCCGUCGGGCUGAUGUCACCGUAUACUCUGUAGGAAUCAAAGAUGCCAACAUGGAAGAGCUGAGGGACAUGGCGUCUCACCCCAUUGAUAGGCAUGUUUUUAAUGUGAACAGUUUCACCGAGCUGAAGUCCCUGAAGCACAGCCUGCAGAAAGUCAUUUGUGAAAACAUCAUUGACCAAGCCGUCAAAGUCAGUGCAAGGGAAUCCUUGAACCACUCAUGUGUAAAAAAGGAUGAAGCAGACAUCUUCUUCCUGAUGGACGACUCGGGAAGCAUUGGGAACAAAGACUUCAAAGACAUGCAGAACUUCAUCAUGACAUUUCUUUGUACCUUCAAUGUUGGGCCAGAUCAUGUCCGCGUCGGGCUUGUGAAAUAUGCUGAUAAUCCAACUUUGCAAUUUGACCUGGGAGACUCCUCAAAUGUUGAUAACCUGAAGAAAUCUGUGGAGAAUAUUACACAUAAAGGAGGUGGGACAGAGACAGGAAAAGCCCUAAAAUUCAUGGGCCCACAGUUUAGUAGAGCGAUGCAAACUCGUGGUCACGAGGUCCCAGAGUACCUGAUUGUCAUCACAGAUGGGGAAUCCACUGAUGAUGUCAAGGCUCCAGCAGAAGAACUGAGGGGGCAGGGUGUCAUCAUCUUUGCCAUCGGGGUGAAAGACUCAAACGAAGCUGAGCUACUAGAUAUUGCAGGCGACCCCAAGAGGACUAUCCAGGUCAAUAAUUUUGAUGCCCUGAAAUCCAUCAACAACGACAUCAUCACAGACAUCUGUACUGAAGAUGCUUGCAGAGAUAUACAGUGCGACCUAUGUUUCUUAGCUGAUGGCUCUGAGAGCAUCUCUAAGAGUGACUUCAUAAAAAUGAAAGAAUUCAUGAAAGCCGUCAUCGGCAAGUCCACAAUCGAGCAGAAUAAGGUGCACGUCGGUCUCAUGCAGUUCAGCACUGACAACAGGCUGGAGUUUCCCCUCAGCCGCUACUACAGCAAAGAUGAAAUUCUGAAAGCCAUCGAUGAUAUGGAGCAGCUGGACCAAGGCACGCUCACAGGAAAGGCCCUUACUGAGGUGUCGCAGUAUUUCGAUAAAACCAAUGGAGGGCGUCCUGAUGUCAGUCAGAGGCUGAUCGUGAUCACAGACGGUGAGGCCAAAGACGAGGUCAUAGGCCCCGCUGAGGCUCUGAGGAAAAAGGGAGUGCUAGUCUACGCCAUCGGAGUGGUGGACGCCAACACUACCCAGCUGGGUGAGAUCAGUGGCUCAACAGAAAGGGUGUAUUCUGAGAAAAACUUUGAUGUGCUGAAGGACUUGGAGAGCAAGGUGGCUUUGGACCUAUGCUGGACAGUUCUUCUCGUGAUUAAUUUCUUUUUGCAUUCAAUACCAAAGGAGAAGCCAACAGAAGGAGACACCUACACGGGCGAGGCCUUGCAAUUCUCGUUGGAGUACUUUAACGCUGCACAUGGUGGCCGUAAAGAACUCAAUGUUCCUCAGAUUCUCAUGGUGAUCACAGACGGUGAGGCCACCAACCCUUACAUCUUAAAGGAGCACUCUGAUGCACUGCGAGCCAACGGGAUCAUCGUCAUCAGUGUCGGAGUGAAAGAAGCAAAAAUUGAUCAGCUGGAGACUAUGGCUGGUGGCGACAAAUCCAAAGUUUUCUUUGUGGACAAUUUUGAGGCUCUAGAAACUCUUUACGAAAAUAUGUCUUCUGCCUUCUGCAAAUCUACAAAGCCAGCUUGCAAGACUGGCGAUAUUGUCUUCCUACUUGAUCGGUCUGGCAGCAUCGACCGAGACGAACACAAUAUCAUGAAAAACUUCACGACAACAUUAGUCGACAGCUUUGAAGUCGGUGAAAAGUUGGUGCAUAUUGGACUUUGCCAGUUCAGUGACAAACCUAAGGAUGAGUUUUACCUCAACAAGUACUACAAUAAGGAGGAUUUGAACACACAAAUCCUUAAUGUGGAUUACACAGGUGGAGACACCUACUUAGGGAGAGCCUUGGAUCACGUUAAGGAGUACUUUGAGGAGUCACGGGGCAGCCGUGACCAGGUCCCCAAAAAUCUGGUGGUGAUCACAGAUGGUGAUUCUCAUGAUGAUGUGGAGGACGUAGCUGACAUUCUCAGAGAUCAGAACAUUAAUGUGUUUGCUAUCGGCGUUGGAGACGUCCACGACAUGCAGCUCCUGCAGAUUGCUGGCACCCCAGAGAGGCUGUUCACUGUGCGGAACUAUGAUGUUUUGCACUCUAUCAAGCAAAGGGUGGUUGACGUCAUGUGUGGGGACCCAAACCCUCCCCCACCCCCACCGCUCACAGACUCCCCAUGACCCCCAAAAUCCCCCACAUCGCCACCACUCGAAAGACUGCACCAUUGAUAUCGCCAAAAGAGGACCAGACCUGAUGAGGUGCUGAUCAGUGGCCUGUAGAGGAAAGUUUUUAUCUGUCAUACUGAUGUGUGAUAUUUCAUUCAUAUAUUAUCCAUUACUGCAUGUUUUUUUUAUAUUUUCAUGACUUUAUAUGUUUUUACUUUCAUACUAUACAAUAUUAACUCUGUCAUCUAUAUUAUAAUAUAUCAGUUAUAGGGAUCCAUUAUAAGUGCUCUAUUAUCUUAAAAGGAAAUCAGUUUCUCCUGCCUCCAUAGCACUGAAGCUGCACUGCCCCCUCCCUCUAGUGUAGCCAAUGUACUUGGCAGUACCUGGCAAAGGGCCAAUACCAUGAAGCAGCUCAGACUCAGCACUCACCCAUAAAAACCCUGAGGUUUCUUUGUCUCACUGACACACUUUCUCAGACUUCUUGUCACUCUGUUAAACUGUCUCCUUCUACUUACAAGAAUAAUAAAGAAAAUAACAUGGAUAA